AUGCUGCUAUGCGGUCUUGGUAUGAUGGCGCCUUUGCCUGUGUGUGUGUAUCAUGUCCUUGUGUACGCAUCGCUCUGCCUGCAGGUAUCCGGAGUGGAGGCGGACGAUGUGAUUGCGACUCUCGCAACAGAGACGCUGCAGAGUGGCAUGAAGGUGGGCAUGCUGCCUCGAGGCAUGGAGGCCAGGUGGCCAUGGUAUUGCUCGGGAAGCGAAUUCCUCUCACUCCUCCCGCUCAUGACAUCAUCACCUGACAAGGACUUCUUUCAGCUGCUCUCUCCCAACCUCAAGAUGCUGCGACCCACACAACGCCCCAAGCGGGGCAGCCCGCGCUACCCCACGUCGCACUUCUACACAUACGCGGAGGAGGACUUUCGGAGGGACUGGGGUGACGUGGAUCCGCCGCUCUUUGCUGACAUCCUCGCCCUCAUGGGUGACGUCAGCGACAACAUUCCCGGGGCGCGUGGCAUCGGCCGCAAGAACGCACCCAAGCUUGUCCGAAAAUACGGGUCUGUGGAACAAAUACUGGAGCAGCCUGAGCAGAUACUGGACAAGAGGGGACGAGAAAACAUGCUGGGCUUACAUUUCUUUUGUUGGCAGGUGUCGCUCCGCAUGAAUGUGCCACAUGGGAAGUCAUGGGACGACCUCCGUUUUCACCCACCCGCAGUGAGUACACGAGUACCACCAGAAACGUAUGUAGGCGCGGGUGCUAGCAGCAGCAGCCACAGCGGCGCAUCCCGCACUCAGCGCACUCUCGACUAUUCCGACGCGUCCCCCGAGCGCCCUCUAGGAUCCCCCUCCCAGAUCCUGCUCGCGCCUGCCUCCCCACCUCGCUUCCACUCCCCCCUGCGAAAUGCUAGCCCCAACCCUGGGCCUGCCAGUAGAGGCUUCGGUCGUGGUCCCUCUGGCGCCGCCUCUUCAUCGUCCUCCUCGUUCAAUCAGCUAACUCUACUCGCCUCUGGCGACGAUGGGUCAGGAUCCCCGGUUCCAUCAUCCUCUGGAGCACAAUUCGCAGGAGGAGCAGGAGGAGGGGUAGGAAUGGGAAUGGGUAGCCGUACCCCCAUGACCGCCCCUCCUGCUUCUCGCAGCCGCAUGGCUGCUUACUCCUCUCCCUCCCCAGACCCUCGUUACCCCAGUCCUGGUCACUCAUCGGGGUAUGACUCAGAGUCAUCCCCCUCCGUUGCUGACGUGGCAGCUGCGGCGCUGUCUGACGUGUCAGAGGAGGAUUUGCGGACGAGAACCCCGGUGAUGGUGGGGAAGCGGGCGCUGAUGGGAGUGGAGGGCAUGGGCAUGUCGGGGUCGCCUGGGUUCCUGUCAGGGUUCAUAGCGUCUCGCCCCAAAAACGACCGCGCUGAGAUGCUGGACCCCAAGUUCUACCUCGAGUCGUUUGACGCAGUGAGGGCGGAGCUGGAGCAGCUACCGAGCGACACAGUGGCGCUGCAGCAGCUGGGCAUGCACAGCGGGCGGCGGCUGCUGCAGCUGGACGUGAUCACGGAGCAGUUGGCAACGCAGGUCAUGAACCACCACCAGAAAAUGGUGCAAGGAAUGCAGCUGGUGGGGGAGCUGGACCGAGAGCUGCGGGUGGUGUCCGUCAUCUGCCGGAAUGCGAGGAGGCAUCUGAACAAGGCGAUGGAGGAGGUGGCAAGCGACCUGGUGGUGGCUGCCAGUGUCAACAAGAAGAAGAUGCUCACCAGCAUGCUGCCAGUGCUGAUGCGCAUGCAGCAGGUGGUGGACGUGCGGGGCCGCAUGGACGCAUGCAUCGACGAGGGCGACUUCGCCCGCGCGCUGCGCCUCUGCUCGCACUGCCUCGUGCUCAUCGAGCAGAACGCCCAGCUGGCUUCGAUACGAGACAUGAACAUCAGCAUUGAGGAGUGGCUCACCCGGGUGGUGGACCAUGUUGAUGCUCUGCUCUUCACUGUCUGCAAGUCCUUCGACUCGCCUUCUUAUGCAGUCGUGAUUGAUGCGUAUGCAGUGAUGGACGAUGCGGCCACGCUGGCCGACAAGGUGCAGAACUUCUUUGCCCAGUCGGUCGUCACCUGCACCUACGACACGCUGCUGCAAUUCCUCGAGCAGGCGAUGGGGGAGGAUGACGGGCACAGAAGCAGGCUGGCCUAUAGUGAGCUGUGUGUGGAGCUGCCGGAUGGCGUGUUUCGUCUGUGUCUGCUGCGCACUCUGGGUGUGCUCUUUGAUCUGUUCGCAUCACACCACCACAUGAUGACGUGGCGUCACCCCUACGUCAAGCGCCCCAACACCAUGUCAAUGGACCGCUUCCCCCGCAUGGCAGCACCGGACCCCGUUGUCGCUGGUAGUGCUGCUGCUGGUGGUGCUGCUAGUGGUGCGGGCAGUGGUGCUGGUGAGGCAAACGGAGCUGCAGCGUUUGAAAGCGCAGCAGGUGGUGAGGGCAGGGCACCCGGUGAGUCGCGAGAGGGGUUGCAUGCGAGGCGGAGGAGCCAGAGCUUGGUGAUAGAGAUCAAUGGGAGUGGUGAGCAGCUGCAGGAGAAAGCCGAGGAAGGGGAUAGUGAGAGGGACAACGGUGCUGAACCAGGGAAGGGCCAAGACGGGCAGCGAAACAGUGGGAGUGAGGGCGCUAGUGGGUCAGACGGACAGAGAUCAGGUGUGCAGAGGACAGAAGCACAGAGGUCAAAUUCAGAGAGGACAGACGCACAGGCGCAGCAGCAGACGGGGCAUGCGCAGUUGCAGCAGCAGAGGCGGCAGGUGAGGCGGUCGUCAAGUGAGGGGCACAACGAGGCAUGGGGCAGCGCCGGUGCUGCUGCUGGUGCUGAGGCUCUGGUGAGAGACGGCCGCCCUCCCAUCCCCUCUGCAGGGCCUUCUGGGACAGAAGCCGCCGGAGGAGGCGGAGGAGGUGGAGCAGGAGGAGGGGGUUUGGGAGAAGGCAUUGCCGCAGCAGCUGUCGCUGCAGCAGCGGCAGCAGCAGCAGGCGUUGGUGGUGGAGACGAUAGAAGCAGAAACCGGGGUGGUGGCGGGGGAGCGGACAUGGCACUGAGAACAGACGAUGUGAUGAUGAUGGGGAGUGACUUUAGAGAGGGGUCGCUGGCGGACCUGCCGCCCAACGUGGCGCGUAAAAUGCGCGUCAGCACCACGGCUGCUGUCUGUCGCGUGCUGCAGAAGAAUAGGAAGGCCGUGUGGGAGCUUGCGGCGAGGAGGGUGGGUGCGCUGCUCACCGCGCCGGCGCUCUGCUCGGGAUCCUCGCAACAGUUUCUCCAGGUGCGUUGCAGUUGUGGGCUGACAGAACGUGUGGGCAUGGGGCUGGCAGAACGUGUGGGCAUGGGGCUGGCAGAACGUGUGGGCAUGGGGCUGGCAGAACGUGUGGGCAUGGGGCUGACAGAACGUGUGGGCAUGGGGCUGGCAGAACGUGUGGGCAUGGGGCUGGCAGAACGUGUGGGCAUGGGGCUGGCAGUGAGGGGUCGCUGGCGGACCUGCCGCCCAACGUGGCACUGCUUGGAGUGGGUGGACAAGUUCGCAGCAGUGGGAGAGGCGUUCACGGGGGUGGAGGCGGCGGGGCUGAGAACCAAGAUGGUGAAGCAGAGCGAGGUGUACUUCAACACCUUCCACCGCCAGAACCUCAAGGUGCUGAAGAUGAUCCUGGAGCGGGAGACAUGGCAGCGCCUCCCGCCAGAGACCAUCCACACGCUCAGACUCAUCAACCUCACCACCUCCUCCGCCCCCUCCUCCUCCGCCUCCUCCUCCUUUGUCCUCUCCACCCAAUCGUCCUCCUCUUCAGUAGGGAGUAGGGAGAGUGGGGGAGUGGAGGGGGGGGGUUCGGGUGGCGAGGGAGCGAAGGAGAGGAGGGAUUUCCGGGAGUGGUUGGAGCGGGGAAACCCGUUUGCAGCAGUGGAGGCAGGGGAGGAGGAGGCAGCAGAGGGGAGGGAGGGAGGGGAGAGGACGGAGGGUGGUGAAAGGAGCAGCAGCGGGAGUGGCGGCGGAGGGACGGGGGGUAGGGAAGGGGGCGCGGAAGCUGGGUCUGGUGAUUCUGCAGUGUCAGCAUCAGGGGCAGCAGCAGGGACGAGGGAAGGGGGAGACGGUAGCAGCAGAGGGCAAGCAGGGAAUCCACAGGGGCGGAUUCUCCCAGGGGGGCGAGCAGAGUCAGACAGAGGGAGCCAAGGGGACCGGAGCCAAGCCCAAGCGAGGGGAGGAGGAGUGAGGGGCAGGUUGAGUACGGAUGGGGAUGGGGUAGGGGAGGGAGAGGAGGACGAGGACGAGAGGGAGGAGCUAAUGGCGGAUUAUAUAGACGAGGAGGAGGUGGGGGUGUCGGCGGCUGUGCUGGCGGGUAGGGGCAGGCGGAGGUCGGAGGAUGGAGGGGGGGAUGUGGGGGGGAGAGGCGGGCUGGAUACGGGCCUGGCGCUCACUGGCGCUGCUCUCACUGUGAUCAGGCUCAUGGACCGCUACACGCGCCUCAUGGGACUGCUGCCUCCCAUUGCUUCCGGGAUCUUCGCUGGUCUGUGCCAGCUCUUUGACCUCUAUCUCGUGACGGUCUUCCGGCUGUUUGGCAGCCCCGAUGCCAUUAGCAUGCUGCGCUCCUCUGACCCCGCUGCUGCCGCCUUGCUGACCCCCAAGCUACGCACCACACUGGCACGUGUCGCGCAGGGAUUGGACGACGCACGCAACAAGCCCAUCUCCUCCCUCUCCCCCACCGGCACUCCCUCGGCAACUGGAGCAGCGGCAGCAGCAGCGCUGGGAGAGGCAGCAGCCGCGGCAGCAGCAGCAGCAGUGGAGGCGGUGGGGGGGGUGAUUGGCGGUGGGAGCAGCAGUGGCAGCUUGGCAGGGGGCGGAUCGAACAACGUACUGGUCUCUUCUUCAAACAUGUUUGGACUCAAGGAGCGCUGUGUGGCGAUGGAGUCACUCAUGUGGCUCACGGACAUGUUGCGGCAGACCAAGCCGCGCUUCCAAUCGCUGCUCGCCCCGCCCGCCUGGACUGCCAUGGACGUCUUCUACGCCCGCACGCUGGACGCAGUACCAGACCUGUGGGAGCAUGUGCUGCGCACGCUCGUGAAGCUGCUUCUCAACAUCGUAGGCAUGGCGGACCGUAUCGCUGCUGUCAACUGGGAGCCGGCAGAGAUCGGCACACAGCACAACAUCUAUGUGGAGAAUCUGGUGGCAGAGUUCCGCCUCUUCGCCCACCGCCUGGGGCAGUCAGGAGCACCUCGACAGGUGCAAGACCAGCUGGUGGCAUACGGCCUGGACGAGCUCUGUGCUGGUGCAGGGGCUGCAGCCCAUAGUGGGGCGGGGGGCAGUCAAGGGGCUGCAACUAGUCGACAACUACAUCAAGGUAUGUGCUCUCUGCUCGCCCUGCUCGCCUCGCUUUCCCUGCUCGCCCCACUUGCCCUGCUCGCCGCUUGUCCUGCUCGCCCCGCUUGCCCCGUUCGCCCUGCUCCCCCUGCUCGCUUUGUCCACCCCGCGUGCCCCGCUCGCCAUGCCCACGCUGCUGGCUGCUUGCUGUGUGGACGAUGA